AUGCCUAUUCCUGAGUGGAAGUGUGAGAGGAUAGCCAAGGACUUUGUUGUUGGUCUUCCGAAGACCUUGCGCAAGUUUGAUUCGAUUUGGGUCAUUAUUGAUAGAUUGACUAAGUCUGCUUAUUUCAUACCAGUUCAGAUUACCUACAUUGCUCAGAAGUUAGCCCAGAUUUAUAUAUGUGAGAUUAUUCAUUUGCAUUGGGUAAGGCCAUGGGUUACUGAACUUCUGAGAGAGUCAUUAGACAAGGUUAAGGUCAUUCAGGCUAAGCUCUUACCAGCUCAGAGUAGACAUAAGGAAUAUGUGGACCGAAAGGUCCGAGAUCUUGAGUUCAUGGUUGGGGAGCAGGUUUUGUUAAAGGUCUCACCCAUGAAGGCUGUGAUGAGGCUUAGGAAGAAGGUCAAGCUCAGUCCUAGGUUCAUCAGUCCAUUUGAGAUUCUUAGCCGUGUGGGGAAGGUAUCCAAUGAGUUGGCUUUGCAUACAGGUUUGUUAGGUUUUCACCCGGUGUUUUAUGUCUCUAUGUUGAAUAGAUACCACGGUGAUGGUUCUUACAUUAUUCGUUGGGAUUCAGUCUUGUUGGAUGAGAACUUGUCUUAUGAGAAAGAGCCUAUUGCCAUCUUAGAUAGAGAGGUUCGUAAGUUGAGGUCUAAAGAGAUAGUGUCAGUGAAGGUUCAGUGGAUGAAUCGUCCCGUUGAGGAGGCUACUCGGGAGACCAGUCUAAUAUAUGAAAUAAUUAUCCCAAGAAUAAUGGGAAUAUCACGAUCAAUAGCACAGUCAAGAAUUACAAAAUCUGCAGGCAAGAAAAAGUCACCAACCGGCACAAAAACAUCAUCGACCACGCCAACUGGCUUCUUAAAAGAUCUGUCAGCCAUCUGUAAUCGCAUAGUCGUAGGCCUAGGCAUCCCCAAUCCUAAUUCCUUAUAA